AUGCACCUGCUACAGGCAAGAGGAAGCCAGGAGGUUUACCAGGGAAAACAGUGGAGAUGCCUAAAAAUUUGGAUACUCUUAUGUUUUUUUCCAAGAACCUUUGUAUCAAAUGCUUCAAAACCCAAUAUUUUACUGAUAUUGGCUGAUGAUCUGGGUGUUGGAGAUAUAGGUUGCUAUGGCAAUGAUACAAUAAGGACCCCUAACAUUGACAGCCUGGCGAAGGAGGGAGUGAAGCUCACGCAUCACCUUGCUGCAGCUGCUGUGUGCACGCCGAGCAGGGCAGCCUUCCUCACGGGCAGGUACCCCGUCAGAUCAGGGAUGGCACCCAGCACUGAACGGCGUGUUCUCUUUUGGAGUGGGUGUUCUGGUGGGCUCCCGACAAAUGAAACCACUUUUGCCAGAAUACUGCACCAGCAAGGUUAUUCGACAGCACUCGUAGGGAAGUGGCAUCUUGGUGUGAACUGUGAAUCCCGCUACGAUCACUGCCACCAUCCAUUAAAUCAUGGCUUUGAUUAUUUUUAUGGCAUGCCUUCUACCCUGUUGAAUGAGUGCCAAGGCACGGAGGAGCCCGAGCUGGCCAAGUCUUUGCAAGAUACCUACUGGCUACACACACAGAUAAUCGUCCUUGCAGUGCUUACGCUUCUGAUUGGAAAACUCACCAACUUAUUCUCAGUAAAAUGGAAAAUAAUCAUAUGCCUGUCCAUCUGUGGUUUCCUGUAUUUCAUUUCCUGGUUCUCCAGCUAUGGAUUCACCAAGUACUGGAACUGUAUCCUGAUGAGAAACCACGAGAUCACUGAACAACCAAUGAAGCUAGAAAAAAUCACUUCUAAUCUGCUCAAGGAGGCAAUUUCAUUCAUUGAAAGAAACAAGCAUAGACCGUUUCUUCUCUUUGUUUCCCUUUUACAUGUUCACACUCCUCUUGUUACCACAGAGAAGUUUUUGGGAAGAAGCAAACAUGGCUUAUAUGGAGAUAAUGUUGAGGAGAUGGACUGGAUGGUGGGAAGGCUUCUGGAUGUUAUCAGCAAAAAAGGCUUGAAGAAUACCACAUUCAUUUAUUUUGCAUCUGAUCAUGGAGGAGCCUUGGAGGCUCGCAGUGGAAAUUCCCAGCUAGGUGGAUGGAAUGGGAUCUAUAAAGGUGGAAAAGGAAUGGGAGGCUGGGAAGGAGGGAUCCGUGUGCCAGGAAUAAUUAGAUGGCCAGGAGUUUUGCCUGCAGACAUAGCUAUCGAUGAACCUACAAGCCUUAUGGACAUUUUCCCAACAGUGAUUCAGCUGGCUGGAGGGGCAGUGCCUCAGGACAGGGUCAUUGAUGGACACUCCUUGCUGCCUUUACUGCAAGGCACAGCUCAGCACUCGGAGCACGAGUUCAUGUUUCACUACUGUGGUGUGUUUUUGCAUGCAGUGCGCUGGCACCAAAAGGACACUGGCACUGUAUGGAAAGCUCAUUACACUACUCCUGUAUUCCAACCAAAGGACUCUGGAGCCUGUUUCAGAAGAGGGAUCUGCCCAUGUUUCGGGGAUGGUACAACCCACCACAACCCACCUUUGCUGUUUGAUCUCUCACAAGACCCUUCGGAGGCCAAUCCUCUACCAGCUGACGGCGAGCCCCUGUUUGGCACCGUAAUAAGGAGAAUGGGGAAAGCCGCCGAAGAGCAUCGUAAGACGCUGACUGCCGUCCCACAGCAGCUGUCUCCCCACAACAACGUGUGGAAGCCAUGGCUGCAGCCCUGCUGUGGCACCUUCCCAUCCUGCUGGUGUGACGAAGAAAGCGGCGGCGCGGAGGAUAUACUUUAA